AUGCAGAAGGGCCGGGAGCUACUGGCCUGGGCCGGAAGUCAGACGGCCAGGCGGUGGUACAAUAGCGGAGCCCCCAAGUGGCCCAUUACUAAAACCGAGUGCCCACCACAAAUUGACACACCGACACGGGUUAGCGGACGCGUGGGUGGGAGGGGCCGAAUCGCGUGCCACACCAUCGCUCUGCCCAAACCGACGCCGCAUGAAUUCUUCUGGACCCACGCCUCCACCCAUGCAAGCGUUGUUCCCUCUUCAAGUUGGUCAGAAGAUGCGACCUACGGUUCUGAAGACUGGGAGGAUCUACUCCUGGGUACUUCAUCACCGGAGUCAAGCUAUGAUGCUUCUUUCUGCUAUCUACCCCUCAAUUUUAAUUUGCACAUUGAACACGAGGAGAAGUUGACCGGAUCAACAAGUGCUAUAGUCUUUUCAAAAAUUGCUAAGGAGCAUUUCGGUCACUACAACUGCACCGUCAACACGGCCCAUGGAAGCGACUCCAUCGUCAUCGUAUUUACUGAAAUCCAUGAACUAUCUUACACCCUUGUCAUUGGAGUGGGAGUGAGCAUAGUUGUGGUGUUACUUUUUGCGGCGAUGAUUUUGUGGACCCUUCGGCACCGACUUUUGCAGCUACGAGGUGGUGAAACGGCGCGGAUCAUCACCGCCAAUCAAGCUGCAAGACAAUCAGUCGAUAUGCUUUGCAGGCAAACCUCAACGCUUGGUAGACAGUCACUUAAAGAGGAAUGCUCCGAGAUCCAACGAGGUUCAGUUUGCGUCUCUCAAACUACUCCGUUACAAGCCUAUUCAAGCCUCCUACGCAGUCCCUGUCGUGUGAUUACGUGCGAGAAUGGAGCACUGUACAAAUGUGUAACCGCCACGAGCACACCCACCACACCACUAUUGACCCGCCUUUGGGAGCCCCCUUCCAGCCCGCCCACGAUCUACGUGGCCACGGCAACAGAUGUCAUAUCCACUGGAGAGGUGGUGGGCAAUUCCAGGGUCGCACUGCUGACGAAAUGCAGUGCAAACUGUCAGGAUCACUUUUUUCCCACUUAA